AUGUCUUCGCACGAUGGCUCGCGAUCGGUGCGCCAGUCUAAGCGGUACUCGGUCACGGCGCUGUAUCUGUCCAUGUCUGCAAAGGACAAGGAGCUUGAGAUUGAGGAUGACUUGGCCAGAGCGCAGAAAAUACUCCGAGAACUCAAGGCCAAGAUUUCGUCGCAGUCGAAGAAGAACUUUGUUCUCGAAAAAGACGUGCGAUACCUCGACUCGCGGAUAGCCCUACUGAUUCAAAAUCGCAUGGCAUUGGAAGAGCAAAACGAAGUGGCCGACCACUUGGCAGACGGCCUCGAGUUACAAGAGGGCUUCUUCCCAAACGACGAAAAGACGCAGAAAUACGGCAAUCUGCUCUUCCUCUUGCAGUCGGAACCACGGCACAUUGCGCAUCUGUGUCGCCUGGUAUCCAUGGCUGAAAUCGACGCCCUUUUGCAGACUGUCAUGUUUACCAUUUAUGGAAACCAGUAUGAGAGUCGCGAAGAACACUUGUUGUUGACCAUGUUUCAGUCGGUGCUCACGUAUCAAUUCGACAACACCCCGGACUAUAGUUCGCUCCUGCGCGCAAACACACCAGUCUCACGCAUGAUGACCACCUAUACCCGCAGAGGCCCCGGUCAAAGCUACCUCAAGGUGGUCCUCCAGGACAGCAUAAACUCGUUGAUCGAGCUCAAGGAUCUCGAUUUGGAGAUCAAUCCCCUGAAGGUCUAUGAGAAGAUGGUCACCGAGUUGGAGAUUCAAGGCAAUCUCCCACCGGAUAUGCCCAAGAGCGUAACCGCAGAGCAAGCAGCCGACAAUGAAAAAGUACAGCAGAUUAUCGCACCGCGCGUGAAUAUGCUCAUGGAGAUUGCCAACAAUUUCCUGACCACCAUUAUCAACGGCCUCGAAGAGACACCCUACGGCAUCCGGUGGAUAUGCAAACAAAUCCGUAGCUUGUCGAAGCGAAAGUACCCCGACGCACAAGACCAGACCAUCUGCACCCUGAUCGGUGGCUUCUUCUUCCUGCGCUUCAUCAAUCCCGCCAUUGUCACCCCGAGAUCCUACAUGCUCAUCGAUGUCUUGCCAGCCGAAAACCCAAAGCGCACGCUCACGUAUAUUGCCAAGAUGUUGCAGAAUCUCGCCAACAAGCCAUCGUACGCAAAGGAACCCUACAUGAAGAGCUUGCAACCUUUUAUCCACCAAAACAAGGAGCGCAUCAACAAGUUCAUGUUGGACCUCUGCGAAGUACAAGACUUUUACGACACCCUGGAGAUGGACAACUAUGUUGCCUUGUCCAAGAAGGAUCUCGAACUGUCCAUUACGCUAAACGAGGUGUAUGCAACGCAUUCGUUGCUGGAGAGGCAUGCUGCCGAGUUGGCCAAGGACGACAGCUCCCAUUUGGGCGUCAUCCUGCAGGAACUUGGGCCUGCGCCACCACAGCUUCCGCGAAAGGAGAAUCGAGCCAUUAAUCUGCCGCUGUUCAGCAAGUGGGAAACACCGCUGGAUGACCUGACGGCGGCGCUGGACAUUACGCAAGAGGAAAUCUUCUUCAUGGAGGCCAAGAGCACGUUUGUCAUGAUCCUUCGCUCACUGCCAUCAAACACCAGCAUCACCCGAAGGCCAUUGAGGCUAGAUAGAAUCGCCGAGGCCGCCGCGACGACCAAGAACGACUCGAUCAUGGUGAAGAAGGGCAUCCGCAGCAUGGAGCUGCUCAGCCAACUGCAAGAGUUGGGUGUCAUCGACAAGGAAGAUGGCUUCUCAUUGCUUAGGGAUGAAGUCGAGCAAGAGCUGGUGCACUUGGGCUCCAUCAAGGAGAAGGUCAUUGAGGAGACGCGCAAACUCGAAGAAGUCUUCCGGACGAUUCGCGACCACAAUGGAUUCCUUGUCGGCCAGCUCGAGACCUACAAGUCCUAUCUACACAAUGUGCGCAGCCAGUCGGAAGGCAAGACACGAAAGCAGCAGAAGCACCAGGUCCUGGGCCCCUACAAGUUUACCCAUCAGCAACUGGAGCGAGAGGGCGUGAUUCAGAAGAGCAAUGUGCCGGAGAAUCGGAGGGCCAAUAUUUACUUCAACUUCACCAGCCCCUUACCCGGCACCUUUGUCAUCUCGCUCCACUACAAGGGCCGCAACCGCGGUCUGCUCGAGCUCGACCUGAAGCUCGACGAUCUCCUGGAGAUGCAAAAGGACAAUCAAGAAGACCUGGAUCUCGAGUACGUGCAAUUCAAUGUGAGCAAGGUCCUCGUCCUCCUCAACAAGCGUUUUGCGCGGAAGAAGGGAUGGUAG